GCAGUUUGCUCUACUGUAGUAACCCAAACGGCGUCGUCUAGCUGGUUGCACUAGUCUCUCCAUUGCGAAUCCAUACGCUGAUCUCCAGUUACAACGUAGAUUGCGCUUCUAUGUGGGCAACCGAGCUUUGGGUUCUACCGAAAUCAUCUUCGAAUUGUAUACGUUUGCAGAAUAUUACAGUGAUGAAGCCGAAUUUUGCUGGGAAAUGGGUGUCGAUGGUGAGGCGAUCUAUGGAGCCAAUUUCAAGAGCUCGCGUGUUCUCUUCUGCAAUCAAAGAUUGGGAAGGCGGCGUUUCAAUGGUUCAAGGUGCUUCUAGGGGCAUUGGCCUUGAAUUUGUGAGGCAAUUGUUAGAGAAAAGCGACAGAGGGCAAGUUGUGGCGACAUGCCGUGAUCCCGAUGGGGCAACUGGACUUCUGGAGUUGAAGAAGAAGUUUUCUGAUCGCCUAGAUAUUCAUCAGCUAGAUCUCACAAUUGAUAGCACGAUGGAGGAAGCUGCAAAGUAUGUGAAAGAUAGGUACGGAUAUCUAAACCUCCUUGUAAAUGCAUCAGGCAUUCUCUCCAUACCCAAUGUUCUGCAACCAGAAACUACAUUGAACAAAGUUCAGAGAGCUUCUUUACUUCUUACAUAUGAGGUGAAUGCUGUUGGUCCUAUAUUGGUUAUUAAGCAUAUGUGGCCUCUGCUAAAGGUGGGAGGGGGUACUGGAACCGAAAGAGAAUUUGCAAUAGUUGCCAAUAUCAGUGCUAGAGUGGGAUCAAUUGGAGAUAAUCGUCUAGGUGGAUGGCACUCAUAUAGAGCAUCCAAGUCCAGUCUUAAUCAGUUGACAAAGACUGCAUCCCUGGAGUUUGCUAGCAAGAAAGAUCCAAUAAUAUGUAUUCUGUUGCAUCCCGGCACAGUAGAUACCGACCUAUCUAGACCGUUCCAGAGAAAUGUUCCGCAAGAAAAACUCUUCACCAAAGAGUUUUCAGUCCAGAAGCUACUAAGCAUCAUCAACAAUGCCAAGAGGUCUUAUAAUGGCAAGUUUUUUGCCUGGGAUGGCCAAGAGAUUCCAUGGUGAUUAAUAUAUGGAUGAAAUAUUCUAUUUUAUAUUGUUGGAUGAGCUGAUUAUGCCGCAUGAUCAUUUACUUUCCUUACAGUUACACUUAGGUUCAACUAUUAUUUGGACUAGAGUACUCAAAAUUCUUUUAUUCUUGCAAUACUUUUACUAGGAGAAGUUUGUGAGACCUCACAAGGAUGUAUAAUAAUUAUUGACUCCAUAGAGGAGCAUUCUAGCAAUA